AAUGGCUGCCUUGUGUUUUUACAGAUUGAUUUGGAUACUAUUGAUGUCAGCAAUCUCAAUAGGCAGUUUUUAUUUCAAAAGAAACAUGUUGGAAGAUCAAAAUCACAGGUUGCCAAGGAAAGCGUCUUACAGUUUUAUCCAGAAGCUAAUAUUAUAGCUUAUCAUGAUAGCAUCAUGAACCCUGACUAUAAUGUAGAGUUCUUCCGCCAGUUUACAUUGGUUAUGAAUGCUCUGGAUAACAGAGCUGCCCGUAACCAUGUGAACAGGAUGUGUCUGGCUGCUGAUGUUCCCCUUAUAGAGAGCGGAACCGCAGGCUACCUUGGACAAGUAACAGUUAUUAAAAAGGGAGUGACAGAAUGUUAUGAAUGUCAUCCUAAACCAACUCAGAAGACCUUUCCAGGCUGCACAAUCCGCAAUACACCAUCAGAGCCCAUCCAUUGCAUUGUGUGGGCUAAGUAUUUGUUCAACCAGCUCUUUGGAGAAGAAGAUGCUGAUCAAGAAGUCUCGCCUGACAGAGCUGAUCCUGAAGCUGCCUGGGAACCAGCAGAAGCAGAAGCCAGAGCACGAGCAUCCAAUGAAGAUGGUGAGAUUAAACGUGUUUCAACUAAGGAGUGGGCUAAAUCAACUGGAUAUGAUCCAGUUAAGCUUUUUACUAAGCUUUUCAAAGAUGACAUUAGAUAUCUGCUGACAAUGGAUAAGCUGUGGAGGAAGAGAAAGCCUCCAGUGCCUCUGGACUGGACUGAGGUCCAAAAUCAAGAGAAAAGUGUAUCUGACCAACAAAAUGAGUCCUCAGCAGUCUUGAAAGAUCAGCAGGUUCUGGAUGUAAAGAGCUAUGCACACUUAUUUUCCAAGAGUGUUGAAACCCUGAGACUUCACCUAGCUGAGAAGGGUGAUGGAGCAGAACUUAUAUGGGAUAAGGAUGAUCCAUCUGCAAUGGAUUUUGUCACUUCUGCUGCAAAUCUCAGGAUGCAUGUUUUCAGUAUGAAUAUGAAGAGCAGAUUUGACAUCAAAUCAAUGGCAGGAAAUAUUAUCCCAGCUAUAGCUACUACUAAUGCAGUAAUAGCUGGUCUGAUAGUGCUGGAGGGUUUGAAGAUUUUAUCAGGAAAAAUAGAUCAGUGUAGAACGAUUUUUCUGAACAAGCAGCCAAAUCCCAGAAAGAAGCUGUUGGUCCCUUGUGCUUUGGAUCCACCAAAUCCUAACUGUUAUGUUUGUGCAAGUAAACCAGAAGUGACUGUGAAGCUUAAUGUACACAAAGUUACUGUGUUAACGCUCCAAGAUAAGAUAGUGAAAGAAAAAUUUGCUAUGGUAGCACCAGAUGUACAAAUAGAUGAUGGAAAAGGAACUAUCCUUAUCUCUUCAGAAGAAGGAGAAACAGAAGCAAAUAAUCAUAGGAAAUUAUCAGACUUUGGAAUUAGAAAUGGCACUCGACUACAAGCAGAUGAUUUCCUCCAGGACUAUACACUGUUAAUCAAUGUGCUUCAUAGUGAAGACCUAGAAAAAGAUGUAGAAUUUGAAGUUGUUGGUGAUGCCCCUGAAAAAGUUGGCCCUAAACCUCCAGAACCAACACCCAGGAGCAUAACCAAUGGUAGCGAUGAUGGAGCACAACCGUCAACAUCAACAGCUGCAGAUCAAGAUGAUCUAUUGAUUGUUGAUUCUGAUGAUGAAGGUCCUUCAAGCAACAUUGAUGAGGAUAUGGAAAAUAAAAGCCGCAAGAGAAAGCUAGAAGAUAAAGAAUGCGUCAGUACUAAGAGAGUGCGUACAGAGCAGACAGAAGAGCAAGAUGAAAUUAUAGCAUUAGACUGAACAUGCAAGUGCCCCUUGACAAAAUGAUUCAGAUAAUGUCAUACAGUAAUAGCAUGCUACGUUGGGGGUGUGAAAAAUGUCAAGAACUAGACUAAUUUUAAGACCUUUUUUCCAAGACAAUAUCAAGCCACUGACUUCAAUAAUUGGUGUUUGUUCCUGCUUUCAUCUUGAUAGACUCUUUUAGAAGUUUUUCCAUAUGGUAUAUUAAAUGUAGUAGAAAUAUAGUCUAUGAAAAUUUACACAUAAGUAUUUGCAUAAAAGGUCAUGAGGAGAAAAAAAAGCAUGUUAUUUUUGUGUAAAUACCUUUUAGGUAUAAUUUAAUAGGACAAAUAAAACUACCCUGGUUUAGUAAAGGGUUAACAUCUGAUAUCCAAAUGUAUAAGUAACUUUUUUUUUGCUUGAGGAAAAGUAUUUUAGUCUAGUCCUAACUGUCUUUCACACCCUGAACUCUAGUAAAAGACAAAAUUCACAAAGCAAAUUAGUGCCAUGUUUGAACAGUGUUCUUAAACUUCAGUUGGCACUAUGUACAUUACUGUAAAACUGUUAAUUUACUCAAGUUUUUCAGCUCGUACUGCCUGGUAUGUCAGUGUAAGAAGCAAAUUUUUGUGUAUUGUUACAGUUUCAGGUUAUUUAUAUUUGAUGUUUUGUAAACUCAGAUACUACUACUAUACUGUACAUCUGACGGACCAAAUAAAUGACAUCUGAAAUACUUGCUAUAUUUGCUUGCACAGUCCAAGUUCAUGAUGAUCUAUGGGAUUUUACAAUGUAUAGCCUUCAAAAAUUACUGUAC